GGCAGCGCGGAGCUCCCCGCCCGGGCCGCGGCCGCCGCGAUGCCCCAGUGCCGGGGGCAGCAGCGCAGGCGGAGGAGGCUCCGCGCAGAGGAGGCCAUGGAGGAGCACAACCAGACAGAGACCUGGCACCGGAGCCUGCAGGCAGUGCUGGAUGCCUUGAACCAGACCCUCCACAGGAUCCCUCUGUGCACCUCUGACCAUGCUGCCAGUGCCGCUGUCACACACAGCAGCAGCAGCAUCCGGCCUGGCCGCGAUGACAACGCCUUCCUCUACAUCCUCUUCGUCAUGACCCUCUUCGCUGUCACCGUGGGCAGCCUCAUCCUGGGCUACACCCGCUCCCGCAAGGUGGAGAAGCGCAGCGACCCCUACCACGUCUACAUCAAGAACAGGGUCUCCAUGAUCUGAGCCCAUCCGUGGCACCUUCUCCCCCCUGGAGCUGGGGGAUUUGGGGUCACGUCGCUGCUGAGCAUCCUGCUCCUUGUGGGAGCGGUUGGGAAACCUGCCCAAUGUCCCCAUGGAGGUGCUUAGGACCCAUGGGGAGGUCCUGCUCCUGCAGACCCACCUUGGCUCAGCCCCAGGGGGUGGCAGGAGCAGAAGCAGCUCCUUGCCCACCAUGGCCUCCCAAGGGUGGCAGGGGUCUCCAAGGAGAUGAACUCACCAUCUCCCUGCUCACGUCUGCUGGUGUUGGGCUCCGUGGGCUCCCAGCAGCUUCCUGACUCGGGCCAGUGGUUGUCUUGGUGCUAAAACCCUGUAAUAGUUGAACCCUGCGUUUCUGGUGGGGAAUUAAAGGAGGUGGAUGUC